AUGGCUGUUCUCUGCCUUUUGACAAGCCUAUUGGCCCUCUCAACGCCUACUCUUUCUAUGGUAGUACGGCGUCAGUCAAUCGUCCCGCCAACAGGUUGUCCAAUUCCUACUUGGCAGGUGAACAAUUUUCAAUGGUACAAUGGCUCUCAUAGCUUGGACUGUAUCCACAACCAAGUUGAUAUCAAUGCAAAAGGCUGCCUCUGUGGAAAUGGGUGGUGCGAGCCAGACCCAGCAACUUGCAACGGAACAAUGGUGCCUGUUUGCUACACUGGCAUGCCGAACUAUCAACCUUGGGGGUAUGGCCCUCCCGAAACACUAGAUAUCGAUUUUGCAGACGGCUUGGAGUGCCACGAUGAGUACAUUGGCUAUCGCGUUCAUGACAUUGGCAACGGUGCAAGCAACUGUGGAUAUGCCGAUCGUGGCCUGGGUCGAAUCGUUGCCUUCUAUGGAACGUCGAAUCUCGCUAGUUCCACGGGCCAUAUGGACUAUACCCUCGGGGACGGGCAUGCGCUCAAAUGUGACAACGGGAGCUCCAUCACAUAUUCAGGAAGCGUGGAUUUUACACUCACCUGCACACAUGAUGCUGAUUUCAAUGCAACCUGUACAGCUCCGGUUUUCGAUAUUCCCGUUUUGAGCUAUGAAUGGGUAUCGUGA